AUUGAGAGGCUUUGCUGUCCGCGGCGGAGGGGCAAAUACGCUUUAGACUAAAGAGUUGCGCGGUUUUAAGGCAUUCCUGCGCGGAUUGGGGCGACACGACGCGAGGAGGGUGGUGGCUUUACAUAAUCGACGGCGUGCUUUUCACGUGAAAUGGCCCUUUAAAAAGCCAGCGCCCUCCAAUCAGGCCGAGGCACCGGGUAAACAGUCGGACGGAGAGGAGGCGAGCGUGUGCGUGCGUGUGCGUGCGUUUGGCUUUUUGUGCGUGUGACAAGCUGUUGACAAGUCGGCUCCGAGGAUGGUCUCGUCUUACCCUUUACCGGAGGGCUUCUCCGAGUUUGACGUCUUUUCUCUGGGAUCGUGUCUGAUGGUCGAGGGUCUGAUGGGCUUCUUCUUAAACGCGGUCACCAUCGCCGCUUUCCUCAAAGUGAGGGAGCUGAGGACCCCCAGCAAUUUCCUCGUGUUCAGUUUAGCCAUGGCCGACAUGGGCAUCUCCAUGAACGCCACCAUUGCGGCUUUCUCCAGCUUCCUCAGAUACUGGCCGUACGGUUCGGAGGGAUGUCAGACUCACGGAUUUCAGGGUUUCGUGACGGCUCUCGCCAGCAUCCACUUCAUCGCCGCCAUCGCCUGGGACAGAUAUCACCAGUACUGCACAAGGACAAAGCUGCAGUGGAGCAGCGCCAUCACUCUGGUUAUCUUCAUCUGGCUCUUCACCGCCUUCUGGUCCGCCAUGCCUCUCAUCGGCUGGGGCGAGUACGACUACGAGCCCCUCAGGACCUGCUGCACUCUGGACUACAGCAAGGGCGACCGGAACUAUGUCUCCUACUUGAUCCCCAUGAGCGUCUUCAACAUGGCCAUCCAGAUCUUUGUUGUCAUGUCCUCCUACCAGUCCAUCGCACAGAAAUUCAAGAAGACUGGAAACCCCAAGUUCAACCCCAAUACUCCCCUUAAGACCAUGUUGCUGUGCUGGGGCCCCUACGGCCUUUUGGCCUUCUACGCCGCAGUGGAGAAUGCCAACCUGGUCUCACCCAAGCUUAGGAUGAUGGCUCCCAUCCUGGCCAAGACCUCCCCCACAUUCAACGUCUUCCUGUACGCUUUGGGGAACGAGAACUACCGAGGAGGUAUCUGGCAGUUCCUCACCGGGGAGAAGAUUGAAGUGCCUCAAAUUGACAACAAGUCCAAAUAAACUUAACAUUGCCAAUGUUGCACAGUCAAUUCGCUUGUGGUGCUGGUGGUUUUCUCUCGCACAGGUACAGAAGUGAAGGUGCUUUGUUUUAUGUUGUGUGUGUAACUUGGUGUAUGGGCCUGUGUGUGUCGUAUCUGUAAUGUGCAGUGUCCCUCAUGUUCAUUAGUAAUUUUAGUUGUAAAACAUCAUCGAUGGCGAACUGAAUUCAUUUAUUUCUUUCUUUAAAAAAAAAAACUAAAGUGAAGACUUCAUUUUGGGGUACUUCCUGGGUCACUUCCUGUUCAUUUUGAGGCCCUUCCUGUUCAAUUUGGGACACUGUCAGGUCACUUCUUACCAAUCGGUACGCCAUUCUCGUAAAUCAAUGAAUCUUAAAUUACGACUACAAAGUUGAAAUAUGAUAGAUGCAAUAUUCCAUUUUAUUAUGAAAAAAGUAACAUUUAUCCAUUAUAUUACUAUGUUGUUAUUCUAGUUUUAAUUGGUGGAUUUUCUUCAUAAAAAAUAAAGAAAUCUAUAUAGCAGUGAUACUUCCACACUUGAUGAAUCUUUGUCUAAAUUGAUGCUGCUAAAUAAACCAGCACCGCACAAUAUUUCCUCUCUAUUUUCGCAACGAGCCCCUUCGGGCGCAUGCCGCAUACGAGCGCCCACGCUCCGAAGGUCACGCUCGAUCUGUGUGUAGAAUUUGCAAUAAUCUCAGAAAAUACAAGAAGACUUUUAUUCCCUGGGUGCCCCCUUGCCCCCAGUAUUCCCACCCCACCCCCGCCACAAAUCAGAGAUUAGUCAACAGCUACAGAUUAGAACUCACAUGCCUACAGACUCGCAUAGAAGCUCAAUAAGUUUCUAUGUAACAACAAACACAAUAGCGGACUAUAGCAUCAUAUUUUUUCAAUAUUUAACCCUUUGAGGGACAGCGGUUACUACAGUGGAUGGUUUAUCGCGUUAUCAAGUUACGGGGUGCAGGAAAGGGUUAAAAUAUACAAAAUUGUCAAAUAAACACAGAACCCCCCC